UCAAAUCUUGGUCUUCCGUUAAUAGCUAAAGAAUUUCCUAAAAUAAAUAGAAAAAGUGAAUUUGAAAACUUUCAGGAUGACACCAACUGGGAAUGGAACCGUUGGUCUCAUUUCGCUAUCGCAUAUUUGCCACAUAUGAUUGCUCAUACGAUACUUUUCAAUUUAGCGAAUAAAUAUUUAUCACAAAUUAUUGUACCCUAUAUCGUUAUCAUAUAUUCAUUAAUUAUAAGCAGUAUUUUUUUUACCCCAUGGCUUGUUUGCUUAUCACUGCUUCAGGGCACAUUCGUAUUUUUUAUUGCAAAUCUUGUAAGGAAACGAUCAGCAGUUUGGUUAAGUGCCAUCCCUUCAUUGUAUUAUGUUUUACAUUAUACUACCGCACUUGCUAGUGAUCCAUUUCUUGUACUUAUUUUCGUUUCUUAUACUAUUCUUUCCUAUAUAUCGUAUAAUUUGGAAGCAAUCGAUGGGAAGAUUCGAGAAGAAGAUAAUAAUUCAUGGAAGCGUUAUAUUCGUAUGAUGUUCUAUACAUUCUAUUUGCCCUAUAUGAUAAGCUUAGUUAUGACUUAUCCAGAAUUUGAGCGCCGAAUUCGCGAACGAAAUUCAAAACCGCGACAGUGGAAUAAAAUAAUUCUAUUUAUUAUUCGAAUUAUUUUUUGGUGGUUAUUUAUUGAAUUUAUACUUCAUUUUUUUUAUUUUGAAGCAAUAUUAUAUGAUAUAAAUUAUGCAGCUAAUCUACCUAAAAAUGAAUUUGUAUCACUUGGAAUGGCUAUUGGCACAUUUUUCCAUAUGAAAUACGUUGUAAUUUUUGGUUUCCCAUCAAUUUUUGCUCAUUUGGAUAAUAUGCAACCAUUCGAUGGACCGAUUUGUAUCGCCCGUGUGACUCUUUAUUCAAAAAUGUGGCGAUAUUUCGAUCGAGGACUAUAUUCUUUUUUCAAGACUUAUAUUUUCGUACCAAUCUGUGCUCCUUCUUUUUCAAUCGGACGCCGAAUUAUCGGUGUUCUAAUUUCAUUUGCGUUCGUUCUAUUAUGGCAUGGUUGCUAUUAUCAUAAUGUGGUGUGGAUUAUACUCAAUAUAUUGGGACUAUUUGUUGAAUAUACAGGAAAAGCAAUUUAUAUGAUUGAUAGUGUUCGAAAAUGGCGUGAAGAAAAUUUAUCAGAUAUUGCAUUCCGACGAAUUUUGGCUUGGCUACAAAUAAUACCAUUUAUAUUUGGAAUAUACUCGAAUUUUUAUUUCUUAGGUGGUAGCCAAGUAGGAUAUCUAUUUGUUCAAAGAAUUUGGAACGAAGAAACUCUUACACUACGCUAUCCUCUUUUUAUACUUCUCACACUGGGCUAUUUUUAUACGCAAUUAACAAUCGAAAUUGAUCGAAGAAUUGAAAUACGUCAAGAAAAUAAAGAAAUUAAAAUGAAGAAUUAA